CAAUUUAGGUUUAGCACACUUAAAACAAUUUUCCUCUAUUUCUCUCUUGGUCAAAUACUACCAAUUUCCUCUCAAUCUCUCUCUCUCUUGUUUGAAAACGAAAAAAAAGAAAUGGAUGCCAGUUCUAUAGAUGAAAGCACAACGACUACUGAGUCCACUUCCAUCUCACAUCCACCGCUGCCACUACCACCAACUCUCUCUCCUUUAUCUAAACUGCCGGGGAGUCUCUGCCGUGUCGGCAGCGGCGCUAGUGUCAUUUUGGAUUCCGAGAGCGGAAUCGAAGCCGAUUCACGAAAACUCCCCUCCUCCAAAUACAAAGGCGUAGUCCCCCAACCGAAUGGACGCUGGGGGGCUCAGAUUUACCAGAAGCACCAGCGCGUCUGGCUUGGAACCUUCAAUGAAGAGGACGAAGCCGCAAGAGCGUACGACGUCGCGGCUCACAGAUUCCGCGGCCGUGACGCUGUAACUAACUUCAAGAACCUAACCGAAGCCGAAUCCGAUGACGUGGAGAUUGCGUUCUUGAAUUCUCAUUCUAAGGCGGAGAUCGUCGACAUGCUGCGUAAGCACACGUACAACGACGAGCUAGAGCAGAGCAAGCGAAACUACGGAAUCAACGGCAACGGGAAUAACGGCGUCGUUUCAUGGGGUACGGAUCGUGUGCCCAAAGCGCGUGAACAGCUCUUCGAGAAGGCCGUUACGCCUAGUGACGUAGGGAAGCUUAACCGUCUCGUGAUACCGAAACAGCACGCUGAGAAGCACUUCCCCUUACAAAGCGGAAGCACAUCGAAAGGCGUGCUGUUGAAUUUCGAAGAUGCGACGGGGAAGGUGUGGAGGUUCCGGUACUCGUACUGGAAUAGCAGCCAGAGCUACGUGUUGACCAAAGGUUGGAGCCGGUUCGUGAAGGAGAAGAAUCUAAAAGCCGGCGACAUUGUCAGUUUCCAGCGAUCCACCGGUCCUGAUAAUCAACUCUACAUUGACUGGAAAGAGAGGAGUGGACCGGCGUCUGUGUUGAACCCGGUCCGAACCGUUAAGCAGGUUCAGGUGGUCCGGUUAUUUGGAGUCAACAUAUUCGAAGGGCCUGGGAGUGGUUGUGGAGGUAAAAGAAGUAGAGAAAUGGAGAUUUUGUCCAUGGAGAGUAACAAGAAACAAUGGAUGAUAGGAGCUUUGUAACAUAUUUUUUGUUUUUUUUUUUUCUUUUUUAAUUUCUGUUACUUUUAUGUAACUUUUUUGCAUUUUUGUGAAUGUGAAGAAGGUGGGGGAUGGAGGAUAGAGAUGGGGGAUGGUGUUUGCAUGUGUAGGUGCAAGUUGCAAAAGGUGAAUUGUAAAUUACAACACAAAAGGCUGAAGAAAGCUUAAAUUAGGUGGAAUCUGGUCUUAAAAGAAAGAAAAAUAAUAGAAUGGAUAGCUAGUCUAAUUUGGUGUUUGAUUA